AUGGACAUACCUCAACAAAUUAUUAGACAAUUAAGGAGUUCGCUGAAUCAACUUCAAGAUGUGUAUAAUGAAAUAGAAGACAAAAAUGAAAUCGCUAUUAUAGAAAAAUACGGAAGCAGAGCGAAACGUAUUACAGUUGGACUUAUAUUAAUUGGGAUAUUCUGCCAAUUUAUUUUUGCUUUACUAUAUACUUGGCCGUACAUUUUGAUUUUUACAAACAAAUCUCGUUCACAUUCUUCGUCGUAUAUAGUAACAGAAUAUUUUAUUGAUCAAGAAAAAUAUUCCUAUUUAAUUAUGCUGCAUAGACACGCAGCAGGUUUCAUCGGCACAAUGGCAAUGACAGCGACAGGAACUAUGCUCAUAACAUAUCUUCAACAUACUUGCGCAAUGUUUAGUAUCGCCAGUUACCGUAUCGAGCAGGCAAUUGGUAUUUUACAAAAAAGUGGUUUCAAUAAUGAGCAAAAGAGUUGUGAAAAAAUAAUUUGCGCUGUAAACAUUCAUUGCAAAGCUAUGAAGCUUAGCAACUUUUUAAUAUCCAAUAUUGAAGGAUCGUUCUUUUGCUUGAUAGCGGCUGGUAUGGUUUGUUUGUGCUGUAAUCUUCUUCGGAUCGCGUCAUUGACAAAUAACAUUGAACAACGUUUACUAUCUCUAACUGUUGUAAUUGUCCUCUAUAUGUACUUGUUUCUAUCCAAUUACACUGCACAAGAUAUAACGGAUCACAAUGAAUAUGUGUUUGCUACAAUAUAUAACGUCCGUUGGUACAUCGCUCCAAUACGUAUACAGAAAAUGAUACUUUUUCUGCUGCAAAGGAGUACUAUAGAUUUCAAUCUAAUUCUUGGUGGAAUAUUUGUAGCGUCUAUGCAAAGUGCCGCUUCGCUGGCGAGCACUUCCAUAUCGUACUUCACCGUCCUUUAUUCUACCCGGCGUGAUUAA